AUGAAUCCUGAAUACGACUACCUCUUCAAGCUGCUCCUCAUCGGAGACUCCGGUGUAGGAAAGUCCUGCCUGCUCUUGCGUUUUGCCGACGACACCUAUACCGAGUCCUACAUCUCUACUAUUGGAGUUGAUUUCAAAAUCAGAACGAUCGAACUUGAUGGCAAGACUGUCAAGCUGCAAAUUUGGGACACUGCUGGCCAGGAACGAUUCCGAACGAUCACUUCUUCCUACUACCGUGGAGCCCACGGUAUCUGUGUGGUCUACGAUGUCACAGACAUGGACUCUUUCAACAACGUGAAGCAGUGGCUUCAGGAAAUCGACCGCUAUGCUACCGAGGGCGUCAACAAGCUGCUUGUGGGCAACAAGAGCGAUAUGUCCGACAAGAAGGUGGUGGAGUACACAGUUGCUAAGGAAUUCGCUGACAGCCUGGGAAUUCCAUUCCUCGAGACCUCGGCAAAGAACGCCAGCAACGUCGAGCAGGCUUUCUUGACCAUGGCUCGUCAAAUCAAGGAGCGCAUGGGUACCACCACAGCAAACAACACCAAGCCAAGCGUCCAAGUCGGCCCAGGCCAGGGUGUUGGCUCUUCAAACAACAACGGCUGCUGCUAA